UGGCUUCCUCUUCAGGCACAUUCAAACAGCGACCACAGCUUUUUCUGGCAGGAAGGACUGUCGCUUAAAGGAUAACUGCCCCUGGACUUUAAAUCUAUUGAACUAAGAGGAUUUUUUUAAUCUCCUUUUUGUACUUUUUUGUUCUGUUGGCAUAAGGCCAAUCAGUGAGCCUUACAGACAACAGAGCAUUUUGAUUUUUUUUUUCCUCAUAGAAGAAAAGGAAAUGCCUACUGUUAGUAGGUAUAUGAGUUUUCGAUCAUCAAAGCGAUUUAAAAUAACCAGCAGCUAUCCAGUGGAGAGCAGCGGUGGCGGGCUGCCAGUCAAAGUGAAGAAAAGCAGGAGCAGCUUAAGCAAUGGCAGCAUCAAGAAGGUGGAGACAAGGAAAGCCUUGAGCUUGGAGGCGGCCCAGCUGGAGAUCCAGCAGCAGCACAAAACCCUCACAAGACAAGUAGCAGUCAGCAGGUCGCAGACAUUUGAUGUUGAAAGCAAAAGUUUUGAGAGGACGGAGGGCACAGGCACACAAAGUAGUUUUAUGAAGCACAAUAAAACAUUCCACAAGCUGUUUCCAGACAUUCCUAAGAGUGAAGACUUGAUACACGCAUAUAUCUGUGCCCUGCAGAAAGAAGUGCCCUACCAUGGUCGGCUCUAUGUCACUGACACCCAUGUCUGUUUCUACUCCUCAGUUCUACUCAAAGAUACAAAGCUAGUAAUUCCAGUUUCCUGCAUCCACAUAGUGAAGAAGCAGAACACAGCUUUGCUUGUUCCCAACGCCUUGUCCAUCCGCACCACAGAGGGAGAUAAGUUCCUGUUUGUGUCCCUGCGGAAUAGAGAAUCCUGUUUUCAGCUGCUGCGCUCAGUUUGUCCUCAGAUAGAGGAGGGAAGCACAAACAGUAGCCCUAUCUUCUCCUCUGCUGAGAACAGUUUUGAUAAGAGCAAACUUGUGAACUCCAGUCAGUCCAGUUUGGACGACAGCUUUGACCAGUUUGACGGUUCUGAGUCUCGGUCUUUACCAGACCAGCCUCUGCCCAGACCACAAAGAGAUGCAGUGCCUAAUGGGAACGGCUCGGCUUUCAGGGGUCUACACAUGCAGCCGAGUGAGAGCUCAUCCUCAGAGGAGCUAUCAGUAUCAGGCUCUGGAGGCUCGUGGGUUUGGAAUGUGACAGAAAAGGCCAAGUCCCUGCUGGUUCAGAGAGAGGCCAGCACCCUUAACACUCUACUCUUCAUUUACUUGAUUUUGGUUGUGCUGCUGCUGCUGUCUUCGGGCUACAUUGGUUUACGUAUCGUGGCUCUGGAGGAACAGCUGACAUCCCUAGGGGCUCUACCUGAGUUCACCUUACAGAGCAGGUACCGCCAAGACACAUAACACUCAGCGACUGAAGGAGAGAUUGGUUGACUCAUGACUGGAGGAUUAUAUCAUAUUAUCGGCCUCUUUCAGCGGAAGAAAUUUCACGUCCUCAAACUGUGCUCCUGACACGACCGAGGCUUUUGGCUGGAGGAAAAAAACAGCCAACCUGUGCAAUUUCAGAGACAAUUUGUUAUCUUGAAGGGCUACAACUUCCUCCUAGUGCAGUAGAUAAAUGGACAUGCCACGACUUUGUCCCAUAGAGCCGAAGCCAAAAUGUCCACACACUGCCUGGCUGCAGCGUGUCUGUCGUUGAAACCAAAGCCACAGCGGCUCUAACUUAGCAAAAGGUGCCACACCAGCCAAGUCUGACUGGCACUUUUCUGACAGAAACUGUUCUACAUCUGUGAAUUUAUGUUAUCCAUCAUCUUUCAUAUACAAACUAUUCUUCCUGAGCAUGCAGUCUGAACAGGGCUAUACCGAUCAGCAUUAGACCAACGUAGGGCUUCUUAUUGCACCUCAACACCAGAGGAGUAGCGCUAUGCAUAGCCAAAGAUGCACACGGUGCACAUCUUUUGCAUGAGUGCACUAAGAUUACUUUUUAGUGAUUUUUCUAUCUCCCUUUCCUUUAACAGCAGUUUAUACAAAUCUGUCUCUGUCAAACUCGGGGCAUAACUCUUUGAUGGUUCUCUAAUCAGUUGUGGGUUGAAAUGAUGAUCGCUGUAAUCUCAAAUCAGAUCAGCCCAAAGAGGCUCGACUUUCUCCUGAUGGUCUUUUCCUUUCUCUCUUUCUCCAACCAGCAAUGAUUGCAGUAUUAUUUCCUCGUCUUUGGCGUGAUUUAAAUCAGUUUAAUGAUCAAUGUUACGAGGUUCUUUUCCUGUGCAGUCUCAGCUGGAUAAAUGCAUCAUCAAUGCACAAAUAUUUAGUACGUUAGGACAUGGGGAGGUUGUCUCAGAGGCAUCGUUAAGUGUUUAUGUACGGCAAGAUUAAAUUUUAAGUAUGUUGAUGUGCUGUCUUGCAGGAGAAAGUGCCAACCUCUUUCUAGGACAGGCCUCAAGUGGCAUUUCUAGACAUUUCAGGUUAUCUAAAGUAGCACCAUAAUGUAUUUGUAAGGUUCGUGCAUGUGUCUGUAGCACGGACACUUGACUGAUUCUUUAUGUGCGUUCUCACUCGUAAACCAGAGUAGAGAAAUGCUACUACACUUGCUGUAAGGUCCAAAAUAUUCAACAGCAAAAACAAGUGGUCCCAAAAAGACAUUUCAAUAUGCAACCAAUUUAUUAUGCAUGGCAAAAAUGUAAUUUAACUUUUUUGUGUGCUGUUUUUAAAUGGAGCUUGAUGUUUGCGGGGAAGGUAAUGUGUAGGAAGAAAAAAACAAAGAUGUGAAUGAAAGAAUGGCUCAAGCGAGCUAGCGCACUUUAAAAUAUGUGUUGUGCCUGUCAUAAUCCAGGACAUGGUGUUUUGGGUUGAGAGGAAAUGGCAAAGCUAGCGUUCUGUGGUAUCUGACGGUGCUAAGACUCUUUUUUUCUAAAACUAGUUCUCACUCAGGGGUGGUGGGCACUACCUGCCACGUGGUUUUAGGUUGUCAUCUCUCCCUUUGUCAUUUCAGUGUCGUGUGUGAUGGGGUUCACAUUUUAUCCGUGUUGGCUUUGGUGGCUUUCUUAAAUGUCCCUUUGAGAAAGAACACUACUUUAAUUGAGUUUCAUUCAACUUUAACUGCUCAGCUUCUAAAAUGUGCUUUCUUGUUCUUUUUUCACCCAUCAUACAACCUUUUAAACUAACCAAACGAUACAUAUCCACAGCACAGCUCAAAGAUUUAACAUCACCCUUACUCUGGAAACUCAUCACGAGUUGUAGCGAGUGAGAUUACUUUGUCUACAUCAUGUUUCAGGACGGUAAUUUUCUCUUUUGUCAACAUGCUAUAUACAGUACUGUCAGUUCUGAUAAUCCCCCACCAGGGGGAAGCACACACAUUCACUGUCCUUGAAUGGACUCGAUGCAAGAAUCUCAAUGAAGAGGGCAGUAUUUGUGUGGUUUUGCACUAUUCAAAGUGUUGUAAAUAAUUUUGUAUCAAUUGUUAAUGUCCUUAAUUCUACUAUGGUCCUAUAUAUAUUUAUUUGCAUUCUGUGUAAUUCAAAGUAGUCUCUGUGAGAUGGCUUUGCUAUUGUUCAAAAUAAAUCAAAUGUUGCGAAGUAAA